AUGGGCAUGGGCAGUGGCGGCGGCACGCGGCCCGGUAAAAAGAUUGGCGUCUGGGGCAUGGUGGUCGUCGGCUUCUUCUGGGUGCACGGCGGCAUUUACGGCAACGAGGCGAUGCUGAUGGCGGGCCCGCCGCUCUACGUCUUCAUCAUGCUCGGCGUCGUGCCCUUCGUCUACUCCCUCCCCAUCGCGCUCAUCGUCGCCGAGCUCUCCACCGCCUUCCCGGAGGACGGGGGAUACGUGGUGUGGGUCCCGAUGAGCGAGUUCCGGCGGGGCAUCCUCUCCACCGCUCUGGUCGGGAUGGUCACUGGCAUCAACCUGCUCGGCACAGACAUGAUGGUCAAGUUUAACACCCUGCUGGCGGCCGUCUCGCUCGCUCCGACGGUGCUCUUUGUGGCAAUCGGCAUGCCCAGGCUCGAGCCGGAGAGGACGCUGCCUUGCACGCUCGCCGGCGAGCUCGAGCAGCCGCGCCGCACCUUCCUCAUCUCGAUCGGCAUCCUCUUCCCCGCCGUGCUGCUGCUCAGCACCGAAUGA